UUUCCUUCUCUUCAAGGGGAUUUCUUCUUGGUUUGGACCAAAACCACGUGUGCAGCGAAAUGGUGACAGCGUCACGUUUGUGUUCCAAGAGCUUAUCUGGAUGCAAGAUGCGUAUUUUACAUUUGAUGUGAUCUUUAACCACAACUCGAUGUUAAAGACAGGCCGACAUCACGUGAUCACCCCAGUAGAACUUCGUUAUUAUAAAGACUAUGUUGAAGACUCUACAGACAAAGUAACCAGCAAAGGAUUGCUGUACACUGAACCUCUUGUCACGCAUGAGAUGAUCGUGGAAGUACCUGGAUGUUCGUCGGCGCUUGGGAUGGCGUCGAAGGAGAUCUCUGAUUACCAGAUAACAGCAUCAUCUAGCUACUCUGAUGUACAGCCAUCACAGGCUAGAGAAGGUGAUGACGCUUGGUGCGCCUUCACCACUAAUGACCAGCAGUACAUCCAAGUAGACUUCCUGUUCAAGACACGAGUCACGCGCAUCGUCACGUAUGGAAGGCGAACCAAACUCUUCUGGGUAACGCAAUACUCGCUACAGUACAGCAGCGAUGAGAGGACAUGGCAGUAUUACCAGGAGAAUGGAUUUACUAAGGUUUACCAAGCGAAUCAAGAUCGCUUCACACCCAAGUCGUAUUGGCUUCACGAUCCAAUAGAAGUGUACAGUUUACGAAUAAGACCGCUGGCCUGGGAGAAGUUGAUCUGCAUGCGCUUUGAGCUCUAUGGAUGUAGAAUUAUUGGCUCGCCAUUGACGUGCAUCGAACCACUCGGUCUGGAGUCAGGAGAUAUUCCCGACGAAGCGCUGACACAAAGUACCAACGCCUCAAUCUACGCCUCUCACCCGGUAGACAUUCGUCUUAAUAAGAAGGUAACAAAAUAUCCCAACGGGUGGCAGGCGGCUUUGGGGGUGCUGGACUAUCUACAGAUCGAUUUUGGGUCGUUACGAAGGGUGACGAGAAUAGCGUCUCAAGGUGGCCAUGAUGUACCGUAUUAUGUCAGCGGGUUUAAGCUAAAGUACAGCAACAACAGUAUUGACUGGUUCUGGUAUGAAGUUAACGGAGUCGAAGAGGAAAUAAAGGGACCUAAAGACAGUUACGAAGCAAAACGUCCAAUCAUUUCAAAACUUGCUGCCCCAUUCGUUUGCCGGUAUCUUCGAAUUAUUCCAACAGCGGCUGCCUCUCUGAAGGUCAUGCGCGCUGAAGUCUAUGGGUGUAGUGCUGAACAAAUACCACCGUAUAAAGGUCUUCCAGAGUAUUCCCGGCGCUCGUUCAUUCUCGACCCGUCUUCUAACCUACUGUUUGUAUGCAUGUACACGGCCAACAGAUUUGAAAGUAGCUGCUUAUCGACAAGGGACGGCAAGGAAUGGAAUGGAAUCGAAUCUUUUAUCAUCAGUAUUGUGGCGUACAACCCAACACUUGGCCAUCUUUACGGGUUAGAUCGAAGCAUGAACUACUACAGAAGCAAUGAUCAAGGCGACACGUGGGUUGUUGUGUCGAGUGAGCUUUACAACAAAAUGAGACAAAAGUAUGCGCUGACUAUGGCCAGCGGUAUCCCUGAUAACGUUACGAGUAGCAGUCCUCCGGCAUUUUUGUCCAUCACCUCAGCCAAUGGAAUGAAAUGGGGAGCUUCAGGGGCUGGAAUUCAUUUGAUGGCCGCUGGCUCUAACACGUGGACGACUGUGGGCUCAUGGCGUUGCUGUGGCAACUAGUUUCUGAUAUCCUACACGUGUUAAGUUUUUAAUUUCUUUUUUCUGUAUUUCUAUUUUUGUUCUUCUUUCUUUCCUUCAAUCUUGCUAUUGUUUCUCUCUCUUCCUCAUCUUUUUUCUUCGAGUCUUGGAGAAAACUACACCGUAAAUUAUAUGUUGGAACGCAUGCGUCAUAUGAUAGAUAAUUGUUAGACGAUGGACAGUUUUAGCACCUGGAAAUCAUUAAUUUUCACUAAACAUUUUUGAUUGUGACUACUACGUAUUAAAGGAAUUAUCUCAAA